UCCUCUGCCCAGCCAAGAAGCAUUUAUUAAGUGCUUACUAUGUACCAGGUCCUGUGCUAAGAGCUGGAGAGACACAAAAACCCAGUCCCCUACAGUAAAGGGGCUUGCAUUCUAGAGGGGGCUGUCUCGGCAGCUACACAGACCACCAGCAAGGUCUAUUGGACAAAGGUGCCAGGACUCCAGAGUCCUAUCCUCAGCCCUGCCACCUGGGGGACAUCAGCGAAACCUUGGGAGAGAAGAUGGGGAACGUCAUGGAAGGGAAGACGGUGGAGGAGCUGAGCAGCACCGAGUGCCACCAAUGGUACAAGAAGUUCAUGACCGAAUGCCCAUCUGGCCAGCUCACGCUAUAUGAGUUCAGACAGUUCUUUGGCUUGAAAAACCUGAGCCCCUCGGCUAGCCAGUAUGUGGAGCAGAUGUUUGAGACAUUCGACUUCAACAAGGAUGGUUAUAUUGACUUUAUGGAGUAUGUGGCUGCCCUGAGCCUCGUCUUGAAAGGGAAGGUGGAACAGAAGCUUCGCUGGUACUUUAAGCUAUACGAUGUGGACGGCAACGGCUGCAUUGACCGAGGAGAGCUGCUCAACAUCAUCCGGGCCAUACGAGCCAUUAACCCCUGCAGUGAUUCAACCAUGAGUGCAGAGGAGUUCACUGACACAGUCUUUGCCAAGAUUGAUAUCAAUGGGGACGGUGAGUUGUCUUUGGAGGAAUUCAUGGAAGGUGUCCAGAAGGACGAGAUGCUGUUGGACACACUGACCCGAAGCUUAGACCUUACCCACAUUGUUCGCAUGAUACAGAAUGGUGGGCAGAACUUGGACAAAGGACAAGGGGAGGAUGGGGCAGCUGGGUGAGCCCAAAGGGGUCUAGGCUACCAUCUCUGAGGGCUAGUUUUGUAUUUUUUUUUAAAAAUAUAUAUCAU